AAAGGAACAUUAAUGGUUUCUAAAAAUCUUUUAGUUACUAUAUGUACAAUAAAGAAGCCCUGGAUUUUACAUUUAUAUAAAAUAUUUCAGUUUCAGGUUUUUUGAGUAACUAAACAAAUUCCAAACAAAUUUCUAAAUUCUCAACUUUUUUUAAUUUAUAAUCAAGAUUUUACUAUGGAUAAUGCUCUACCUUUUAAUGGACCAUUCUUAAACAGCUGCGAGAUGUAUCCGCAGCGAAGGACAACCGAAUUCUAUAGAUCUGUGGAGCCACGAGCCUCUUACCAAAGUCGACAGGCGGAACAUCCUAAUGAUAUUCUAAACGAAGUACCCGACCAAAAUCGGGAGCUCGCCGUAAGAUUGCCACGUAUCCAACCGCCAAAUAACUCCGAUAAAAAUUUAUAUAAAGAUUUCGUGAGAGAAUAACUUUUCCGAAUGAGAGUGCAUCCGUAUUCGAU